AAAGGGAUGGAAAUAUAUGUGCGUCUUUAGUUAACUCCGAGUUGGCGUCGUGUUUCGUGUAAGAGGUAAGCCGAAGAUUGGUGCUUUUCGUCCCGGAGGAUACCGACGGGGAGAGCCAGGGUGAUGGAAGCUUUACGGAAGGAAUUUCGACUUCAGAAUCUUGGCUUUGGAGGAGUGCCUGCCUCAUUAUUCACGUCACAGAAGUGCGGUGCCCGUUGGUAUCGGAUCUACACUGUGUAUCGUGUGGUGAUUGCAGUAUACCAGCUUUCAUGGAACAUUGCCAUUCCAAUCAUAUGGGGGCACCCUGACUUCUACCGAUACCAAGUGGAUAGCAAAUCAAAAUGGAUCAUCUACCUGUCUAACUGGUCCUUCUGUGUCCUGACUCUGUAUCUUGUGUCGGCGGCUGUUUCAUGUUUACUCUACAAGCGGCAAACGCAAGUACAUGAUGAGACACAACUCUCAGCUGCAGACGACACGCCAGAAGACGGACCGACCGAAGGGAGCGCCUUGUUUCCAUGGUAUUUCAAACUAACAUGGAUCCUUCAAAACAUAGCAUACAGCGCAUGCGCAUUUGUCACCGUCGGCUAUUGGUUCAUUGAAUUCAAACCUGGCUCAACAAUCGUCCAGAUAUUCACCAUUCAUGUCCACGGUAUAAGUUUCCUCUUUGGGUUAGUGGACGUUGUGCUAGUCUCCAACCCAAUCCGCUUUCUUCACUUUGUCUACGUGUAUCUCUACUUUCUUCUCUAUCAGAUUUUCGCGCUCAUUUAUUACAAAUCAGGGGGGACCAACCCCUAUGGAGAAACGCACCUCUACAAGGGUUUUAUCGACUGGGAGAACUCGCCUACCACAUCGCUGAUCGUGUUGUUGGUCGGUACCGUUUUAAUCGCUGCGUGUUUCCACGGUGUUUUUUUCGGGUUGGCAAAAAUCAAAGGUGCGAUUAUCAAACGAUAG